GAGACAGAGCGCUUGGCACAGGAGGAGCGGGGUCAGGGCGAAGUCCCAGGUCCCAGGCGUGGCUCUCAGGGUCUCAGGUCCGGAAGGCGGUGUGUGGAUUGGGAGGCGCAGCUUUGGGGAUUCCCCAUCUCCGCAGUUUCUCUUCCUCUCCCAACCUGUGUCGGGUCCUUCUUCCUGGAUACUCAUGACGCGUCCCCAGUUCCCACUCCCAUUGGGUGCCGGGUUUCUAGAGAAGCCAAUCAGCGUCGCCGCGGUCCCGGUUCUAAAGUCCCCAGUCACCCACCCGGACUCAAGAGUCUCCCCAGACGCCGAGGAUGGCGGUCAUGGCUCCCCGAACCCUCCUCCUGCUGCUCUCGGGGGCCCUGGCCCUGACCCAGACCCGGGCGGGCUCCCACUCCCUGAGGUAUUUCACCACCUCCGUGUCCCGGCCCGGCCGCGGGGAGCCCCGCUUCAUCGCCGUGGGCUACGUGGACGACACGCAGUUCGUGCGGUUCGACAGCGACGCCGCGAGUCAGAGGAUGGAGCCGCGGGCGGCGUGGGUGGAGCAGGAGGGGCCGGAGUAUUGGGAGGAGCAGACACGGAGAGUCAGGGACACCGCACAGAUUAACCGAGUGAACCUGCGGAUCGCGCUCGGAUACUACAACCAGAGUGAGGCGGGGUCCCACACCAUCCAGAGGAUGUUUGGCUGCGACCUGGGGCCUGAUGAUCGCCUCCUCCGCGGGUAUGAACAGCAAGCCUACGACGGCAAGGACUACAUCGCCCUGAACGAGGACCUGCGCUCGUGGACGACCGGGCACGUGGCGGCUGAGAUCACCAAGCGCAAGUGGGAGGCAGACAAUGUGGCGGAGCAAGUGAGAGCCUACCUGGAGCGCGAGUGCCUGGAGUGGCUUCGCAGAUACGUGGAGAAAGGAAAGGAGACGCUGGAGAGCCCAGAGCCCCCCAAGACACAUAUGACCCACCACCCCAUCUCUGACCAUGAGGCCACCCUGAGGUGCUGGGCCCUGGGCUUCUACCCUGCGGAGAUCACACUGACCUGGCAGCGGGAUGGGGAGGACCAGACCCAGGACAUGGAGCUGGUAGAGACCAGGCCCACAGGGAAUGGAACCUUCCAGAAGUGGGCAGCUGUGGUGGUGCCUUCUGGAGAGGAGCAGAGAUACACAUGCCAUGUACAGCAUGAGGGGCUGCCUGAGCCCUUCACCCUGAGAUGGGAGCCGCCUUCCCAGCCCACCAUCUCCAUCAUGGACAUCAUUACUGUCCUGGCUGUCUUUGGAGCUGUAGUCACUGGAGCUGUGGUCGCUGCUGUGAUGUGGAGGAGGAAGAGCGCAGGAAGAAGAUAUUUUCUUCCUACAAAUAAAAAAGGAGGAAGCUACUCUCAGGCUGCAAGCAGUUCCCAGCACUCUGAUGCAUCUCUCACAGCUUGUAAAGGUCUCUUCCAGGACUGUAUUUUCCGUAUUUUUCCAAACCUUCAUAAAGCAGAUUCUGAUACUUGCAGAGAGGAGGGCGCCCGUAGUUUCUCAUCGCUGGAGUGCAUUGACACAAUCAUGACUCAUUGCGGCCUUGAACUGCUGGCUCAGUUGAUCCUUCUACCUCAUCCCCCUGAGAAGAUGGGACUACAGGUUGUUUUGAGUUUUCUUGCUGCUUACAAUCAAGGCUGCAUCAUGUCUCCACAAACCUCUGGAUACACACGAAAGAAGCUUUCAGUAUUUCCCACGAGCGAAACUGCUUAGUUGAAGGGUCGAUUCUUCUCAGGAAUGGAGAAGCAGGUCUUCCUACCCAUAAUCACCAGAUUCUGUUGACCUUCUACUGAAGAGGUUGUGGUCAUUCUCUGAAAAUACCUGAAUUCACUCCUCAGCAGUGGCCAGGGCAGGCCCCCGAUCUUGCCGAUGCCCAUGUUCUGGGACACAGCGAUGAUGCAGUUUAGCAAAGGAACCAUGACAUCAGCAGUGAGCACCUCUGAGCCCACUCACUGUGGCUACUUUUAAGAUCACCGUUUCAGCCGGGCAUGGUGCCGCAAGCCUGUAAUCCC